GCCAGCUUACAUGUGAACUCCAGCACAUGGGUGAUCAGCAUCCCUCCAGCUCUGGAUGGAACACUCUCAGCGAUGCUCUGAUUUACGGCUCUGCCGUGAAGGGCUUUUCCAGCAGCAUCAGCAACAAGUCGGGUUGGCUGGGGUGAUGCAACAGAAAACAUCUGAAGGAAAUAAGUCCUCGUGGCAGGACUCUGUAAGAAAUGGUAACCUAUAUAAGCCUUUUCGUUGCCCCCAGUGUGGAGAAAGUUCUCGUUUUAAAAGCCUCUCCUCUUUGAGAGCUCAUAUGGACUAUAUGCAUAGCUACGAAGAAAGAUAUUUUUGGGGACAAUCAGGAAUUAUUUGUUCCUUGAAAGAUACGGAAUUUAAAAACUCCACACAUCCACUAAAUGAAAGCCACGUGGAAUCUAUUGACAAUGCACUAAAUCAAAAGAGCACUUCACCCACGUUCUGUGACCUGAAGAACGAGAGCAAAAAGUCCCGCAGUCCUAUAGAAAUACUAUCAGAACGACCUUUACCUCUUGUUAAAAGCUCCUUCUCAGACAAUUCAACUAAAAGACACAAUUAUAUUAUUGGUUAUCCUGUUAUGAGUACUAAGUUUCAGUUAGAUCCACAAGAGAAGUCUGUACUAAAUCAGCUUGCUGAAAAUGUUGAUAAGACCAUAGGAAAGAAAAUUGAUAAACUCAAUGAGGAACUUUGCCAAAAAACAUCAGAAUUGCUGGAAGUCCGAGCUGCCUUUUUACAACUGUCUCAGAAGAAGCAGGAGGUUCAAUGCAGAGAAAGAGCCCUCAGUCGUCAGGUAGAUGUGGCUGUUGAGCUGAUUGCAAUUCUUCGCCAGCGACUAACAGAAUCUGAGCAAGAACUCCAAAGGAAGGAAGAAGAAGUUGUGUCUAUCAAUCACUUUCUGGAGGCAGCUGCUGAGAAGGAAUUACGAGGGAAAAGGAGACUCCAGCAGUUUAUUGAGAACUUGCUACAACGAGUGGAACUUGCAGAAAAGCAGCUGGAAUUUUAUCAGAAUCGUCAGAUCAAAAACAAUCAAGCCGGCGCAAGAGAUGCUGUGGUUGUACAUUUUCAGGCAACCAGGAAAAACAAGUGCUUGAACCGAGGAAGUUUUAAUUUGGCAAAUAACAUGUACGAUGUCAAGCCUCAGUCUGCACAGAAAGGUCGCAGUUAUAUGAACCGUGUUGGCAUCCAACCAAUGAAGUUAUUGCACGAGACCUCUGAAGGUUGCCGAGAAAUAUGGAAGCCACAGAAGAAAGUGGACUCUUCAGGCACUGCCAGGAAAGUUCACAACAAAUCAAAAGUUGGGAAAAAGAUAUGCAUGUGUAAUAAUGUUCAUAAACAGUACUAAACAACUUUGUUUACAUUUUGUACAGAAACAAAUGUCUUUUCACAAUUCAUGGGGGUAUCUUUUUCUUGAAAGAGUUGUAAAUAUAUACGGGGAACUGCAAUACAUAUCUUUGUCCAUUAACUGGUGAGUCACCUCAAAACUGGUUUCUCAGUUUUUGGUUGGAUGCUUUUUUUUGAGACAAAUUAAAUCACAUAUUGAUCUAUCCCUGAGUUCUUCAUGGUGAGUUCUCUUCACCUAAGUUCCCAGGUUUACCCACCUGUGACAAUGCUAAAGAUAGAUGGUUUAAAUUUAGGCUGAUUCCUGCUGAAUUGGUCAAAAUUUAGGCCAGGGGUAGCCCUGUUGGCACCACCUGGCUCGACAAAAGUACAUCUUUCAAUCAACGAAGUCAGGUGGAAAAUUUACAAACAAUGACUACAUCAAAUCAGAUGCAGUUACUGUUCAGUUAUUUAGACAGCCACGGGAGCUGGCUGUCCGAAUACCAUAGUCAGCAGGGAAGGUUCCUCCAUCCACACUGUAUAGUGUGGAUGCAAGUAUCUAUCAGCUUUCUCUCGUUUGGCCAGUGGGUUGAACAAAAGAAAUCUAUACAUGUAUGGCUAACUUUUGACUUUCUACUUACUCUAGAUUUUGUAUUUAUUUUACUUAUUAGAGAAUACAGCCAGUUGAAUGAUUACACUACUUCAUGGAGGAGAUAGAGUUGGGAACCCUGGUGGGUAUUUUUCUCCUCUGGAGUUCUCAAGAUAUAUUAGAGGAUGAUUCUAUUCAUAAGCAUUAACCUGUAACUGGAAUGUCAGUUUAGGUAGAGCUCACUUUUAAACUGGAGAAAGAAUAUUGCUACUGUAUGUUUGUACAAUUUAUUAUUGCUUACACUCUAUGAUUUGCACAGAAAUAGUCAGUACUGUACAGUGCUGUAAAAGAUAAAAUGAUAUUUUAGAUAUUUAUAUAUAAACAUAUAUAAUGAAAGACUGAGAAUUUAAACUUUAAUGAAACUUUAAUGAAAAUUAUGUUUAUUCUUUAGUAAGCUAUCACACUGUCUGGCCUAUAUUAAAGAUAAAUGGUGUGCUUUGGGCUGAAGAAACCUAUAACAUUUCAGCUUACAAAUGAUUACAGCAGUAAGAAAAAAAUUAUAUGAAAUCUAAUUGGUUGCUGCAGGUAGCUAGGCUUUUGCAACUAGCUAUAGUUAAAAAAUGCCUCCAGUUAUAAUUGUUAUUAUUUACAGGGUGACUGACAUUACACUGUAUGUCAAAGGUCAGCUAUGGCUUGUACAACUGCUGCUGACCUUUUAUAUAGCACUUAUACUCACACUGUAUAACAGACCAUUGUACAGUGAGUAAUUUUGUAAAUCUGCACUUUUAGAGGUUGCCUUUCACUAGUAAGAAUAGACGUUUGCAAAGCUGUUUUAGAAAUAUUUGGUAUUGAAUGCUGUGUUAUACAGGGCUCCAAAAUAUUUUAUAAGGGUGUAUAUGGCCUGCUACAUAUUCACCAAUAUGGGGUAUAUAUAGCCAGGGACUUACUGUGCAUGACCCUUUGUGACACCAGUAUCUUAGAGAUCUUAAAGUAAAACUGUGGCCAGGUUAUAGUAUUUACAUAUUUUUAACAAACAAAAUUAGUUUGUAAACAAGUCCUCUGAAUGUGCAGACACUGUGGAGAAAUUAAUCCUCAAAGAUCACAGCAGAGGAACUAAAGUUGUUCAGAUCAUUUUUGCAGGCUGCUCAGCUCACUCUGUUACCUCUUCUUCCUAGAGCUCAUGCUUUGUGUUUACAUUAUAGAUUGAAAGGCUGUAGAAAUCACAGCUUUGUGUGGGGUAGCAGAGGGAGCAGAGCUGGCUUAGAGGCUUGAGGAGCUUCAAUGAUUCUGUUGUGAACUUUGAGACUCGAUUGCGCUACUGUGCCUGAAGCAAAAAAGGUCAGUGUGGACCUGCUUUUUAUGUCUGAUAAUUAAUUUGCUUGCUCUAGAGUCACAUGGCUGAUUUGUCUAGUGUUGCCAGUUUUGGAUGUGCCCAUAUACUGUCUUGUAUGUGCUCAAGUAAAUAUCAGUUUUGUGUGGACUGUGGUAGGGUGAAUCAACCACUGGCUUUUUAGGCUACUAGUAGACCAGCAGACCUAGGCCCGGAUUCAGAAAGAAUCGCGUAUCUUUAGGCGGGCGUAGCGCAUCUCAUAUGCGCUACGCCGCCGUAAC